AUGAGUAGCUGGAUUAAGUUAAUUAUAGCAGAACUGCAAGACCACAUAGGAUCUAACUGGAUAGAAAUAGGGCGAGAUAUCAUGCAGACAGACGCCAUGACACAAGCAAUAAUCUCGCACCAAGAAAGACUCUCAUGCGAUCCAUACGGAAUGCACAGAAAAAGAGUAGGCAUCACAAGAACAAAGUACCACAGGUAUGCAUUCAAGAUAGAGAACAUAAUAAAAGAAAAGAAAGGAAAGUGCAGAUCCAUAAGGAUAUCAGACACAGUCCAUUCAAUUACAGCAUAUCUCUCAAAUAGUGCAUUAAAUUCCUUAAAAACCCAAGACAACAUUGCAGUAGACAUAUCUUCCUUGCACGAGAUGUAUUUCCACUUAAGAAAGGGAUAUUUCAUGGUAAAUACAUCAAAAGACAGAAAAAUAAGUCUGUACAUUCAAAGAAUGUCGUAUGUUGGUGAGACACCAAACAAGAAGACAUGGAACUAUAAUACGAAAGAUGUAAAUUUAGACAAAGAAAUUGAAAGUAUCCGGGAGAGAAUUGAAGAGUGCACGGAAAUCUACAAGAACUGCAUGCAGCUACCAGAUGUACCAUACGAAGUGACUGACUUCAGCUGUCUGCCGCAUAACUUCACUGAGUCCCAAGAAGACCUAAAAAAGACGCACUCCCAGGUUUACAUCAGCAACGGAUCGAUAAUCUCAAAGAAAACCAUUCAGACAGGAGUACUAGACCAAGAAGUAGAGCACUCCAGUGACUCAGCCUCCAGCCACACCAUAGAAUGCGCAAAAGAGAACUCUGAUGAAAGCAGCUCAGAGUCCUUUCGAAGGAGCCAGAGUAAAAAGGACAAAACUGCAUCCCAAAUAAAGUAUGUAGCAACAAUUCCACAAAUAUCCCAUAGGCCAAAGAGUGCUCAAAAAAGCACCACCCAUCCGCACGUAAAUGAUAAAUUAGAAGCACCAGGAAAAAAGUCCUCUAAUAAUUUAGAUAGAAAGAUAAACAAGGAAGCAAUCAGAAGCACCCCCGAGCACCCGCUCCCUCAAAAAAAGAACCACACCCCACCAGAUGACACCCUAAAUAGUAUAGAAAUAACCCCCAGUGUCAUUAAGGAUAUAAUAAGAGAGAAUAAAGACGCACCCAGCUCAUCCAAUUUAUGCGAGGGUGCAGAUGUUUUAGCUAAAGGUGAAGUGAAGGUAGACAAGAGUAGUUUAGUUGAUACUAGUUUGGUUGAAGGGAAUUUGGUUGAAGGUUGUUUAGCAGAUGAAGACUUAAUUAAGAAUUUGUUUAAGGAAGAUUUACUUAAGGCAGAUAUACAGGACAAGAGUUCACAAGAUAAAAUAGAUUUGGUUAAGAAUUUAUUUAAGGAAGAUUUAGACAAGAACCCAUCCUCUAUGAAUACACAACCCAAGAACUCCCCCUCUAUGCACUCCACUAAGGCUUCGCACCCCAAGAAUUCACACCCUAAGACUUCACAAGAUAAAAAUGACCAGAAUAAGUCGAUUGAAAAUAACCCAGAGUGGUCACCUGUUGAAGAAGUCUCUGACUCACAAGUAACUGAAAUGAUAAAUGAAACACUUUCCAGGUUUCCAGCGGUAAUUUCCAUCUCAGAAUAUAAAAAGAUCCAAGGAAAUAAAUAA